AUGUACGAUUUAAGAUUUAGUGAGAAAGUGACCAUCGUAGAGAGUUUGGCGAGUGACUUAAUUUUCCAUUACAAAGAACCAGAAUCCAAGAUGACUCUAGAACAGCCAGCAGGAGAGAUGUGGAAGAAAAUCCGCGAGGAGUUAAAUGAGAACCCUGAAACCAGGGAUCAGGAUCUCGCCCACAUCAAAGAAUGGUUGAAACAGGAGCCCCAUCUACCUGAUGAGUUUGAUGAUCAACGCAUCAUGACCUUUCUCCGUGGCUGCAAGUUCUCCCUCGAGAAGUGCAAGCGUAAACUUGACAUGUACUUCACUAUGCGGUCCGCUGUACCGGAGUUCUUCAACGACCGAGAUAUCAACCGCCCCGAGCUACAGGAAAUCAUUAAAAUUGCUCAAAUGCCACCAAUGCCAGGACUCACUCCUGACGGUCGCCGAGUCAUCCUUAUGAGAGGUAUCGAUAAAGAUGUCCAAACACCUAAUGUGGCGAAUGCCUUCAAGUUGGCACUUAUGCUUGGUGAUGUAAGAUUGGCGGAAGAAAAAGAAGGUGUUGCUGGAGACAUUUACAUAUUGGAUGCAUCUGUGGCCACUCCAACCCACUUCGCCAAGUUCACACCAACAUUGGUGAAGAAGUUCUUAGUCUGUGUUCAGGAGGCGUAUCCAGUAAAGUUGAAACAAGUGCAUGUCAUAAACAUCUCACCCCUGGUCGACAAGAUCGUGAACUUUGUUAAGCCGUUCCUGAAGGAGAAGAUAAGAGAAAGAAUCUUCAUCCACAGUGACGUAAACGACUUAUACAAGUACGUUCCUCAGGAGCUUCUCCCCGAGGAAUAUGGUGGAAAAGCUGGACCCAUGAAUGAUAUCCAUGAUGCAUGGGUCAAGAAGCUAGAUGAAUACAAGGACUGGUUCGCAGAACAAGAAAAAUUCAAAGCGGAUGAAUCCCUAAGACCAGGGAAACCUACCAACUAUGAUGAACUCUUUGGUAUUGAUGGCUCUUUCCGUCAAUUAGUCAUAGAU